AUGGUGCAGCCCGGCGGCUCCACUGCCACUUCCCCUCCCCUUCCCUCCGCUCCCGCCGGGAGCUCCAAACGACCCGCCCGCCGCGCCCCGCGGUAUUACGCUAUGCCGGGACCCCCGGCAGGCCGCGCGCCGCCUCCCCGCGCAGACUGCCCGGCCCGCGUAAGCGCCCCACUCUGGGCGGGAAGCAGGACCGCGACCCAGGCGACCGCAGCUGGCCCGCAACUGCUUUCAAACUGCGGCGGAGAGCAAGGGUGCGAGGUUUCCCCACCUCCGCCAUCCACCUCCCCUGACGCGAUCCUCUCCCCACCAGAACAAGAUCUGGCCACCAGCGAGACAGGCGUUUGGCUCAGAAGGUCCGGCUCCGGGCCGGCGCCGACGGAGAAGAAGGACCCCGCCCCGCCCCGCCCCUUCCCCCAGAGCCCGGAGCUGCGUCCCGGGGCUGCGGAGCCGGCGCGCUGCGAACAGCUUGCCUCUUGUUGCGUCUCCGGAUCCUCCCGCCCGUCCCGCUUUCUUCCUCCGGCGUGA